AUGGAUUGCUUGUUUACGGUCUGUGUCCGAGAGUUGGGAAACUGUUUGCAAUCGAACCAAGUAACUGCAGUGAAGAAACAGGCACUCUAUCCGUUGAGCUAUCAUGAAAUUAAAUUACACCUAUGUAUAUUAAAAACUACAGAGAAAAACAACAACAGCAUCUACAUCAACCACAACAACAUCAACAGCAACAACAGCAACAACAACUUCUACAACAACAUCAUCAACUGCGACAUCAACAGCAUCGACAACAACAUCAACAUAAGCACCAAUAACACCUCAAAUAUUGUUAACAACAAAAAUGACAUUAACACAAAUAAUAACAUCAAAAACAUUAACAGUUUCGAACUAAGUAAAAGAACUAUAAUCAAAAACGACAUUGACAACAACAUUAGUGAAUUGUCUUUACCAUCCCCAUCAUCAUCGCCAUCUUCAUCUUCGUCAUCGUCACCAAACGACAAAAAGAUGAUUGAACUGACGGAAGACAUAGUGAAUUUAAUAUUGAAUGACGCCAGUACUCGUACGACACACGCCCUUUCAACAUUCAAGCCGAAAAAUAUCUACCGCUACAACCCAGCUUCCACUACUAACAUGGAAGCAUUAACAACCACAUCAAUUACAUCAACAUGUGACAUCGCAUUAGCAAAAACAUCAAUUUUCGAUAACAUCAACGUUCAAAAUAGCACUAUAACAUCGCGUCUUAGUAUUAAUGACAAUGACAUCAGCAACAACAACAACAACAUCAACAACAACACUAACACAAAUGACAUUAACGAAAUGAACAACACUUCAUUAGUUGAGUCAUCAAUUAACACAAUUCUUGAUAUAAUUGACAACAUCAAGACAACAACUACAGACUCUGAUGAUAAUAACAACAACAUCGUUGUUGACAAGAACAACAACAACAAAGACAUCAUAGAGAACAUUAAUGUUAUUAAUGACACUAAUUUUGACGUUAAUAAUAACACACCAAUAAUUAAAAAUAAUAUAAAUUACAAUGACAGUAACAAUAUAAACAAAAAUUAUGACACCAACGACAACAACAACAACAACACAGAUUACAUGAACUAUCUCAUCAAUAAUGAAAACAACAAUCUCACUAUGACCAACAACAACAACAAUAACAACAACAAUAAUAACAACAACAACAAUAACAACAACAGCAACAACAGUAACAUUCAUAUCCUUAACCUCAACAAAAUCAACACCAACAAAAACUUAAUGAGUCAGAAUCACAUCAAUACCUCUAGCAAAGACGACAUUAAUGUCAAUAAUCCUAACAUCAAUGAAAAUAACACUGACAGCGACAACGUUAUAAAUAACAAGACUAUUAAGCUAGGCAACAAUAUUAAAAACAAUAACAAUGUCAUCACCAAAAACAAUAACAUCGAUAAUAAUAUCAACAACAACACCAACAACAACAUUAUGACCAUAAAUUCCCAACUCGUCACCUGCUUUCAACAUCAAGCAGAUGAGCAUAUAUAUUGCAACCCAUUCCUUAAAGAUGAUGAAGAUGACGAAGAUGAUGACCACGAUGAAAACAGUAAAAGUUCAGAUGAUUACAUGAUGACUAGAUACACUGACAAUGACAUCAAAAACAUCAACAACAACACCACCACCAACAAUAACAACAACGUAGCAGCGAGCAAGGUAGAUAUUGUUGUCACGAAUAAUGAAAAUGAUUUAAAAAGCGUCAACACCUCAAUAGCAUUACACCUUUUCACGCUCAAUAAAGCCCAGCUUAACAAUAACAACAACAACGUCAACAACAACAACAAAAUAAAAUCUAACAACGGAAAUAAUAAAAACAACAACAAAAAUAACAUCAACAAUAACACCGACAGCAGCUUUCAACAACCACAACAUCAUAAACAAGAAUUUCAUUUCAAAGCGCAGAAAAAAGGAAAAAUUGAGAAGCUGGUGAAACAAGGUACCAAAAAUUACCCAUCCUAUCUCAAACUUAUCUACACAGGCGAUAGUGAACAUUCUAGUGAAGACGAAACGCUAAAAUACAACAACAACAACAACAGCAACAACAAAAACAACAACCUUCGAAAUCCUUCAAACGCCCAGCAAGCCCUCGCGCUGAUGAUGAAAAGUGAGAGUUGCAUGGAAAUCAAAGCCAGUGAUGGCGCAACGAAAGAGGAAGAUUCCAAAUUUGAAGUCAGAAAACCGAAAUCUGGUUGCGAGAUAAACGCGCCUACCCCUCGUGGCAUAUACGAACGCAUCUCCUUAUUUAUUGAUGAUGAAGAUGAGGAGCAAGACGCUGGAGAUGUUUUCGACGCAAGAGAUAAUGCAGUUGUUCUGCGUGGAGAGGUUGAUGACGACAUGGACGUGAUUAAAAAAAUUGAUGAAGUCGUUAAUGAGGUCGUGAAAUUUGACGCUGUUGUCAACUGCAGCAACAACAUCAGCAGCAGCAGUGGCGGUGGUAGCCACAGUAACGACAUCAACGUUGACGCUUGCAACGAUAACAUUAAAAGCGACUCAAAACUUUUCUUCAACAAUCGCGAACUUUUCAACGCUGGAAACAGUACAAACAAACAAAAAUUAAGCAACAACAACAACAUUAAUGAUAACAUUAAAAACAUCAAAAACAGCAACAACAGACAAUCUAGCAUUAGCAAACCAAACAACGGCAACAAUGAAGAGGAAGAUGAUGACGAUGAUGACGUAAGCAUCAAUGAUAGAGAGAAGGAGAACCUGCUCAGAAAAAAGAGUAAAUCACUGCAAAUCAUAAAACGCCGUAACCACGGUGAUGACAACGACUGUGAGGACGACAACGACGAGUAUGAUGAUAGUAACGAUGAACUUAACAGGAACGAGUCUGUUGAGGAUGGUUAG